AUGACCAAGAAGAGGGCCAAGAAGAGGGCCAAGAAAAGGGCCAAGAAGGGGGCCAAGAAGAUGACCAAGAAGGGGGCCAAGAAGAGGGCCAAGAAGGGGGCCAAGAAGAGGGCCAAGAAGGGGGCCAAGAAGAUGACCAAGAAGAUGACCAAGAAAGGGGGCCAAGAAGAGGGCCAAAAAGAGGGGCCAAGCAGUCAAAGAGAGCCAGUCAGCCCCCAGUCAACAAGAGAGAGCCAGCCAGCCCCCAGUCAACAAGAGAGCCAGUCAGCCCCCAGUCAACAAGAGAGCCAGUCAGCCCCCAGUCAACAAGAGAGAGCCAUCCCCCAUCGACAAGAGAGCCAGCCAGCCAUCCCCCAGUCAACAAGAGAGAGAGCCAGCCAGCCCCCAGUCAACAAAAGAGCCAGCCAUCCCCCAGUCAACAAAAGAGAGCCAGCCAUCCCCCAGAAAGGACCUAGCAGUCAGGAUCCACCAAUCAUUGAAAGUAGUCAAAAUAAUCUUCCAGACGAUUGGGCUGAUCUCAUCGAGUCCUUUAAGAUACUGAGCAAGUUGGAGGAUAUUGCUCCAGACCACUUGCUUAAAAGUCAGAUGUAA